AUGGGCGCAGACGUGACGGCGAAGCCAUCUAUCUCGGGCAUGGCAUCAGCGCGACAUUCCAUGUCCCUCCAUACCAACGCCGCCCCCAACGUCCACAUCCACGGCCUGCGCCAUGGGACUAUGACUCCGAUCCCGAUUAUUGGUAAGAAUAUACCCAUGUUGAAGGCAAAAUCAGUGGUCGUUGUUGGCGCAGCAGAGCUAAUUGGCGUCCUUUGUCUGGAUGAAUCUUCAGGUCCGACGACAGCGGCGACUACAGAUACCGGAGAGGUAUCAAUCAAUUCAACCGAAACAACGCCACUGCCUUCGCCCGUGCUCUCGCCAACAAUCGAGUCGUCGUCAAUAAUAUCUACAGGCCACCAAGGUAUUAUUACUGAGUGGGCCGAUUUCUGCGCGCACGAAAGGAGGGGCGAGUUGGACGUCAGGUUGCUGGAUGGGAUUGAUUCAGGGCGUUAA